UAAAGAGGAGGUGUACAUAUCGUACAUAGAUUGCAACAAUCUUUACGGAUUCAGUAUGAUAAAGCACCUCCCCAUCGGCGAUUUCGAAUGGGUCGAGGAUUUUAGCUCCGUGGAUUUUAUGCGUCAUCCCACAGAUUCGGAUGUGGGAUACGUGUACGUGUGCGAUUUGGAGUAUCCAAAAUCUAUCCACGCGCUGACGCGGUACUUCCCCCUGGCUCCUGAGAAGGCGGUCGUCCCGAAGGAAUGGCUCUCGCCAUUCCAGCGAGAGCUCCUCGAAGAGUUAAUGUAUCAGCCGGCGAACAGCAAAAAGCUGCUGCUCACGUGCAAGGACAAGGUCGAGUACGUUGUUCAUUACGCGCUGCUCGCUCUCUAUUGUAGACUGGGCAUGCGGGUGACAAAAAUUCACCGAAUUCUAAAAUUUCGUCAGGCACCAUUCCUGCGUCCCUACAUCGAGGACAAUGUUGCCAGACGCGUCGCAUCGAGCACGACGUUUGAGAAAAAUUUCUAUAAAAUCUCAAAUAAUGCGGUCUUCGGGCGUACGCUACUAAAUAAAUUUAAUAUGCGGGACAUUCGAGUAGCCUUCGAUGAGGAGACGGCGAGUCGCCUCGGGAGCCAGGCGGAAUGCGCGCGAAUGGAAAUUUUGUCCCCCGAUUGCGUCAUGUACGAAAUGCGCAAAAGAAAAGUGCGAUGCGAUUUCCCCCUGCAGAUUGGCUUCACGAUUUUAGAACUGAGUAAGUUAACCAUGUACUCGUUCUACUAUGAAACCCUUUUGAGUAAGCUCACUUGUCCGGUGAUUACGUGCUACUUUGACACGGAUUCUCUGAUCCUCGGCCUAUUCUGCAAGGACUAUGAAGAUCAGUUACGCGCGAUCGCUGACGACCAUUUAGAUUUGUCUUCCUUCGAUCGUGAUCAUCCACUGUACAGCGAGAGGAAUCGCGGUAGACUUGGCGCGUUCAAAAGUGAAACGGGUAGCGUACCCAUUGAGGAAGUAAUAUGCUUGAAAGCCAAAAUGUAUUCCAUCAAAUUAGCCGGGGGAAAACAAAUUGCAAGAGCUAAAGGGGUCAAAAAGAACAUUGUGCGCAAACACCUCCUCCAUGAUACGUACCGCGAUACCCUAUUCAAGCACGCUAGCGUAUCGCACGAACAGGUGUCAAUAGUGGGAAAGAAACAGUGCAUGUACACCAUCAGAAAUGUGAAAAGAAGUCUGAUGGCGUACGACGACAAACGAUACCUCUACAAUGACGUGGACUCCUACCCGUACGGAAGCUGCGAAUAUGAUAAUGCAGUGGAUGAGUAGGAGUAGCAUCAUUUGACCUGCGUCACUGGAAGGAUGUGGCACCUCGUUCUCUUCUCGCUCGUCUCGUGCGCGCUGGCGCUGGACGCCGGCAACUGUACUGCGAGGAUCAAGCUGGAGAAGGAUAAGCACACGUACACGCACGAAUGCCCUGGCGACAUCUUGGCCAUCAGAGAGUGGCACGUGGUACCUAUGCGGUCCGGCAUUAACCUGGACAGGAACGCUACUCGAUCGCUGCGUACGUGCCUUCACUCGCUGGACGUGAGCGACAGCUACGAAGAUAUCCAGUGCACGCGGAUGUGCCAGCUCACGGAGGACGAAAUUUUUCUCAGCCGCUGUCCCGGAGACGUCUACAUGAUCCGUCACUUCCGUGGAACCAUGCCCAGCAUCAAAGGAAUCAAUCUCUCCAAGACCGCCAUGCUUUUUCUCAAACAUGUACUCAAUAAACGUUGAAAGGUA